AUGUCACCCUACGCAGCAUGCAAGCGCAACGACAAGUACUGCACCAUUUACCGCGACUACAUCCCCCUCGCCGCCUACGCCCCCUCUGAAGAGAUCAAGGAGGCCCUUCUCGACGAAUUCCGUGCCCUCUACCGAAUCAUUGGUCUCAUGAGAGGCGCGAUCGAUGGCACCUCUGACGACCUAGAUCAGGCCGAAUGGGAUUUCGAGGACUUGCGCGACCUACACAAAAGCCAAGGCAUCGACAUCCUCAGGCUCCGCGCGGAUUAUGAGGUCGCCGCGCUCGCGGAGGCGCAACGUAUCACAUCAGAGCGCGCUCCUAAGCCCAGCUCCAGGCUUAGGAUGCCGUCGCUUCCCCAGCUUCCUUUUAUCACCCGGAAGCUGGGGCAAAACCGUCACAUCCGAGUGCACGUGAAUCGGGACGUCGAGCCCGUCUCGGCGCUCGCCAAGCUGCGCGACCUGAACGAUGCCGGAGCCUGGCUCAACCCUUACCGUACUGCGGCUCGUUUCGCGGCAGUAUACGGGGACGAAUUCCACACGACGGUCUUUCGCGCCAUCUACCCCCAAUCUUCGUCUUGAGCGACGGUCGCGGGGCCUCGGGUAUGCCGCCCGAUGGCCUCCAGGACCAGAGUGCAGGUCCUACAGGCAGCAUUUCCCUCCACGCACUCGAAGGAGGUUGCACUAUUCCCCGACCCUCGCACGCUCCCCCCCACCCCACCCC